AUGAGGUACGACGGAACCCAAGACCCACAGGAGCACCUUACGGCCUUCGAGGCCAGGAUGAACCUGGAGGGAGUGGGGGACGAGGUAAGGUGCCGCGCUUUUCCAGUCACCCUCGCGGGACAUGCAAUACGGUGGUUUAACAGCCUCCCGCAGGGCUCGGUGGCCAAGUUUUCGGAUAUUAGCCACGCCUUCCUAGCCCAAUUUACUACCAGAAUAGCAAAGGCAAACCACCCGAUCAAUCUGCUCGGAGUGACACAGAGGUCCGGAGAACCGGCAAGGAAAUAUUUAGAUCGGUUCAACGACGAGUGCUUGGAGAUCGACAGGCUAAUUGACUCUGUUGCUAGCCUAUGCCUGAUGAACGGACUCCUAAACGAGGACUUCAGAAAACACCUCACCACGAAGCCGGUGUGGACAAUGCAGGAGAUCCAAUGUGUAGCCAGGGAGUACAUCAAUGAUGAAGAAGUCAGCCAGGUUGUGGCUGCCAACAAACGGCAACCCUCCUACAAUCAAACCCAGCAUCACGGGAGCGGAGAAAGACAGAAGGAACACGCUAGGGACGCCGGUCUGAGCAAGACACCUAGGCCGUUUCCUAGAGUUGGGAAGUUCACUAAUUACACUCCCAUCACCGUCUCCAUCAUAGAAGUGUACCAACAGAUAGCCAAGAAGGGGAUUCUGUCGAAACCCCGACCUCUGAAGGACCGAACAAGGGGAAACAAAAGCCUUUACUGUGACUAUCACAAAGGCUAUGGGCACAAGACACAGGACUGCUUUGACCUAAAGGACGCGCUGGAACAAGCGAUCCAGGACAGAAAGCUGGCUGAAUUCUCCCAUCUCAUCAGGGAGCCAAGAAGACGAGACCGCGACCGAGAGACAGAGGACAAGACUCGUACGGUAAAACGACGUCACGAUCAGAAUGACAACGAACAAGGUCUCACCAUAGUAAAUGUUGUGACGACGAGAGACGCACCCCCAAGGUCAAAGUCGGCACACAAGAAAGACGCCAAAGUCCUGGCGAUCUCUUCAUCAUCUACACAAAGCCCCAAGAGGUCGAGGUCACCACCCAUCUCAUUCGGCCCGGAGGACCAGUGGUUUGACGAGGUCGCGGAAAGCCCCCAUGGUCAUAAUGUCCAGAGUGGGAACCGGCCUCAUUAA